AUGAAGUUUGGGAGGUUUGCUGAUGAUGAAGCAUUAGAUUUCGAUCAUAAAACAGUGAUUGUGUUGGACCAUUCGCCAGGUUUUGCGCGACUUGCUGGUCAUGAGAUGAGCAUGUCGUUAAAAGAUCCAUCUACCGGUCAAAUGCGUGUUGCUUGCAGUGUACAAAAAAGUUUAUGGUCUUAUGCAGUGGAAUCCUCGCUUGAGUUACAUCGUAUUGUGGAUGAAAUAUAUCCAGAUGGUUCUCGUCUUAUGCGUUUUGUUAUCUCAGAUUUUGUUGGCCGUUUUUUGAAUGCUGAAUGGAGCAACAACCUUAUUGAUUGUGAUCAAGUAAUCUUCCUUUUCUAUUAUGUGUUGUUGCAUAGUGUAACGGGCAUGCACUUGAGUUGUUUAUUGAAAUUGUUUUCGAAAUGCGGUAUGCCUAACUCGAAAGCUGAUGUUACAUCUUGCUCAAUUAUUAAUGGGAUUUCAAUGGCUGUGGAAGCUCUUUCUGAACUAACCGAGUUACAAAAGCGAAAUGGCUCAUUGCGACACGGUGGCGAUGGCUUGCUGCGCAGUGAUCUUUUCUCAGCUGCUAUAUCCAACAUGAAGUAUGAAGUCUUAUCCGAGAAAGAAAGGAUCCUUAGUGCGUCUCACGCGAAGAUUUGUAAGAAACAUAUGAUCCGGCAUGAUGCAAAUAGUUUGAAGAGGAAAAAGGCGCAAGAUGAUGUUGUGAAAGGAAAGCUUUUGUAUUACGCAAAGUCAGUAAAAAAUUUGUCAUUGGAUGACGAAAAAAAAGCGUCGCAUAAUAAAGGGUCUAUAAUAAUAUUCUCCUCAUUUGAUAAUUUUACAUGUUUAAUUCGCAACAUUUACAGCGAAAAGGAUGUGUCAGUGAUUGAGAAGCAGGUUUAUGACGAAAUUGUUAAUCGGAAUAAAGUUGUCAGCGUUCUUGAUAUAGAAGGAGAGGACAGGAAUUUUGCUCCAAUUACACACGUCAACCUGUAUAUAAUCAACUUGCAGAAAGCGGGCGGCACUGUUGAGGGGAAGGGAGUAGUUGCGAAGGGGUUAACUCAGAUCAAUGAAUAUCUUUCGAGCUGUGUGAUUUGCACAGAGGCUGAUGCUUCUCUUCCGUUGAUCAUUCGUGGCAUCGCUGUUAAUCACUACGGUUUAGCAUCUACAACAGUAACUGGGAUACCUAUGAAAGAAGAAGCCCAGCAGGGGCAGUCAGUUAAUUAUGACGUUGAAAUCUUGCACCUUCGACGCGCUCAUCAAGUUUUGGACGAAUGCGGUCUAAUUGGAUCUGAGUCUAAGUUGCGGUCUCAUCUGUCUCCUGGUGGAUACGAUACUAUCAAACUUGCCUGGUGCACUUCUUCGUUGAAAAGCCAGUGCGUGCAGUAUUCCCGAUGUGUAACGGCCUCAACUAUUUCUCCUGCUAAUGUUAACAGUCGUCCGUCCAUUUGUUUAACGUCAUUUUUGCUUGGCCAUCGAAAUGUGAUGCUUGAGGUCCCAAAACAAGCUCUCGAAGACCCUUCAGUUUUUUGCUCGAAUGGUAAUUCGAAAGUGCUCAGUCAUUUGUUAAUGUGCCACGCUGGUCGAAUUUACAUCCAUACGCUUUGGCUUGGAAGCCAUCCCAUUCUUGAUGACCAGACAAUGUUCGAGGUGUCGAUACUGCCAAAAGUUGAUUCUCAGCAGUUGCGGUGUUCCGACUUUGUUAACUUUGCCAGAGAUUGUCAGUUGAAAUAUGAAACCGUCUCUAACGAACCGAAGCCUUCUACCUCAAAAGGUGAAGUUUUCAAUGAACAGGCAAGAAGGCGUUUGAAACGAUAUACUCGGUACUUCCCGGUUAUGCUUGCUGAUGCUUUCAUUUACAAUAUACCGUCUAGGUUUGAACCUUUGUUGUCCUUGGUAAGGAAAGAUGAACUGUCUGCAAGCGAUUUGAGUAAGUGCAAAGAGUGCAUAUGUGCUUUAGUCGCUUUUCGAGAUUCUAAGGAACCUUUAACAAUGAAGACAUUCGAGUGUAAGAAGUUGAAAAAAUUACAGAACAGGUACAGUUUCAGUCUUCAUUUCGAUCUAUAUGUACUGAAUAGCAAAGGGGCCUGUAUUGAGGUGCUUGUCAGAUUCUCAGUCAUUGUUAAGAAAUGCGUCGAUAUUUGCAUCCGAACAUAUUUUUUUAGAGAGGAUCAGUUGAAAGUUGCUAUGCGCGAGGUUUUGCUUCAUCUUCGGAACUACGUGAACAAUUCGGGGAAACAUUUAGAAGUCUACAACAUGUUUAUACAGGUCGUUUCCUUCUCUGAUUGCUUUGUGGAAUUUAUCUGUGCGCCAUCGACCUCGUUUGAAAGCGCAUCGAAGCUUCAAUCCGCAAGUGAUACUUGUGUGAAAAGUUCUAGCGAGCCACCUUCGCGUAGCCCCUCUGCUGAUAGCAUGCGUUCGCAGAGCAGGAGUAAUUCGCCGUUAUCUAAAAGGCCUCGAAAAGAAAGGAAAUGGCCAGUAGAUGAAGUUAAAGCAAGGGACUAUUUUUACGAUGAAUUACAAAAGAAACGUUGGUCUCGGUGGAUUGAUUGUGUUGGACGCACUAAAAAUAUGCCACUCUAUGCUAAUCCGGAAUUCGGUGAUGAGGUAAAAGGCGCAGAUAUAAAAGGAUCUUGA